AUGUCGGCGAAAGAAAUUAAAGAAUAUUUUGAAUUUGUAAAAACCAUAAUUCUUCAAGCGGGAGAAAUUGUAACGGAAGGUUUUUAUAAAGAUGAUAAAAAUGUAGAAAUAAAAAACGAAUCCAUUUUUGAUUUGGUUACCAUGUACGAUAAAAAAGUGGAAGAAUUAUUCACGAAUAAUUUGAAGACGAGAUACCCGAGUCAUAAAAUCAUAGGAGAAGAAACUUGGCCGACUGGACAAGAAAUAAAAUUGACAGAUGAACCGACAUGGAUAAUUGAUCCAAUUGAUGGUACCACUAAUUAUGCUAAAAAUAUUCCCCUGAUUGGAAUCUCAGUCGCAUUGGCAAUAAAAAAAAAUGUUGUUAUCGGUAUUGUUUAUAAUCCAAUAUUAAAUCAAUUUUAUUCUGCCAUUAAGGGAGAAGGAAGUUACUAUAAUGGAAAAAGAAUAUAUUCGACUAAAAAUGAAGAUUUACAAAAAUCUGUAGUGAGCAAUGAAAUAUCUUUGGCUUCCAUACCCCGUUUGCAUGAGAGAACAAUGAAAAGAAUAAAAAGUUUAACCAAAUUUGACAUUUUUUGUAAUAGUUUUAGAAGUUUAGGAUCGGCUGCUAUUACUCUUUGUUAUUUGGCAGACGGAAAGAUUGAUGUGUACUUUACAGAUGGGCUCAAAUGUUGGGACAUUGCAGCUGGAAUUUUAAUUUUGCAAGAAGCUGGAGGUUGUGCAUGUUGUUCAAAUGGAGAACCUUACGAUAUGUUUUCUAAAACUCUCGUUGCAGCAGGUAAUGAAGCAUUGUUAAAAGAAAUUGUAAAACAUUUAAAAGAAUGUGACGAUUAA